AUGACUGUGUUACGUGUGCUCCUCAAUGUAAAUGAAUGCUCCAGUGCGAAUGGACAUAGCUGCCAAGCGAACGCACAGUGCACUAACAACAUAGGCAGCUACACAUGCAGGUGUACUAGUGGUUACCGUGAAGCACCACGGCGACACUGCACCGAUAUCAAUGAGUGUAUGUUACCAGCGACGUUGCAGUGUGGAUUAUUACGCAACCCUAGUCACAGGAUAUGUAAGAACAGUCCUGGAUCAUUCCAGUGCCCAUGCAGGAUUGGUUAUCAGGGCCCAAUAUGUUCAGACAUUGAUGAAUGUGCUUCCGGAGGUUCUCUAUGUAGAUCCCUGUCACGUGACGGUGAUGUACGCAGACAGUGUGUCAAUACAGCUGGUUCGUACUCUUGCCCGUGCUCUAAGGGAUACACUGGGAGCCAGUGUAAAGAUGAGAAUGAAUGCAGUGCUGGCACGCAUAGCUGCGACAGCAUGGCGGCGUAUCCAGUCAACAGACAAUGUGUGAAUACGAAUGGUUCAUACUUGUGUCCAUGUCUGAUCGGUUACACUGGGGAACGCUGUACUGAUAUAGAUGAGUGUGUAUCCGGUAAGCACAGCUGCAGCAACAUGACCAAUAGUGUCAACAGGCACUGCCAGAAUUUGAAGGGAUCUUACCAGUGCCCGUGUCUAUCUGGUUAUGCCGGUGCAGAAUGCGAUGAUACAGAUGAAUGCAGUGGCGGUGUUAGUACCUGCAGUGAGACUACCAACCCGGACAACAGACAUUGUAUGAAUAGAAAUGGAUCUUAUGAAUGCCCAUGUUUGACUGGGUAUACCGGAGAUCAAUGCAGAGGUCACACGUGGCCCAGUGACUUUUUCCAAACGGGUUAA